UGGGUGGAGUUUAACCAUGGAACCUGCUCUUCCACUUUAGAAUCUACUGUAUGUAUAAGGACACGCUUCCAAUUCACACCAUUACACGUUCACUGGCAGCAGUACACCUGGCAGAAGCACUCUAACAAUAAUGACGAAAAAAGUUACUGUUGUCACCGGCGCCAACAAAGGCAUUGGUUUGGCAAUUGUGAAGGCGUUAUGCAAAGCUGGAUAUACCGGCGACAUUAUCCUUACUGCCCGUAAUGGGAAAUUGGGACAAGAAGCUGUUCAACAAGUGAAAGCGGAGGGUCACCAAAACGUAUUAUUCCACCGCCUUGAUCUGUGCGACCAAAGCACUGCGGAAGAGCUCCGGAAAUUCUUGGAGAAUAAUUAUGGCGGCUUGGAUGUCUUGAUUAACAAUGCUGGGAUGGCGUAUGACAGCCUUCAACAAGGACCGAUGGACAUGUCGAGUCUGGUCAAGACUGUGCACGGGAGCUAUCGUAUAUACAGAUCCGCCUGCGCCAGGCGCCUUAACAACCCGAUACACCACCGGGCUCCACAGGUCCUGGAUUUUGUGACGCCCCCGUACGCCAACAUUGCGAUCCUGAACCCGGCCCAGGAGGAAAUCGAGGGGCAGUCUAGGCUCCUGUCCGAACAUGAGGAGGAAGGGGGACUCACCCAACCCACACAACUGCUGAAUGAGGGAGCCCUCGAAGCUCCUACCCUGGUCAGAAUGUAUUCGGGAAGGAACACCAAACUUACAAAACCACUCUGCUACCAACACCUGAGCCACAGUGGAGGCACGCUGGUCCCGAGAACGCAGCUCCGACACAGUGGUGGGCUGCUGCCACUUGGACACCGCCUCAAUUUUACCCGGAUCAGUGGCAACACCUUCAGCGGAAAUGACAUGGCCCAAGUACCGCACUUCUUGUUGGAAAAAGGCACACUUUGGGAGUUUCGCCUUCAAGCCCUCAUGCUCCAACCUACCCAAUACGGCGCCCAGCCGCUCUACAUGCUGCGCUACGGUGGAGGAGAACACCACAAUGUCGUCAAGUUCAUCCGCGGCCUCUCGGUGGCCAACACAGCCCAACCUCACACCAAAACAACAGUCCACUAUCUUUGUUUUGAAGAUAGCGCAACUGAGCCAUUUGGUGAGCAGGCUGAGGUGACCAUGCAGACCAACUACUGGGGUACUCUGGCGGUCUGCAAGGCUCUCCUCCCCAUCCUGAAACCCAAGGCACGAGUGGUCAACGUCUCCAGCUUCGUCAGCAAGAUGGCUCUGGACAAGUGCAGUCCUGAGCUACAGGCAAAAUUCCGUAAUCCUGACAUUACAGAAGAGGAGCUGGGUGGACUGAUCAGAGAUUUUGUGCAGGCAGCUCAGAAGGGCGAUCACCAAGCCAAAGGAUGGCCUAACUCGGCCUACGGCACAUCAAAGAUUGGGGUGACGGUGCUGUCUCGGAUACAGGCGCGUGUUCUGAGCCAGACCAGGGCAUCGGAUAGCAUCCUGCUGAACGCAUGCUGCCCUGGUUGGGUGCGGACAGACAUGGCAGGCGACAAAGCUCCCAAGAGCCCAGAGGAAGGAGCUGAGACUCCUGUGUACCUCGCCCUGCUGCCCGACGGAGCCACGGAACCGCACGGACAGCUGGUCUGGGACAAAGAGGUGCGUGAGUGGUGAAGUGGACCACAGGUCAGCAACAGGCAGAAAAUAUCAUCAAUGAACCAUGACCCCAUUGCAAAGAUGAGCUACAUUUGGCCUUUCUUUCCUUUCUUUUUUGCAUUUGUUAAUCUUGUGAAGCACAUUGAGUUGCACCUGUGUAUGAAAUGCGCUAUACAAAUAAACUUGCCUUGCCUUGCCUUGCCUUGCCUUGCCUUGCCUUCUCGGCGUUGUCAUGCCCUUCUUACCAUGGAUAUUGAUAUAUCCAUAACGACUGCUAACUAGAAAAUCUGAUGCAAUUUAUUUUUUGACUUACUCAAAAAUUCUUGCAAGAAAUAAUAAACUCACUGCUCACUUCAAAUCACUACAAAUGUACUUCUCUCUGCACUCUCUCUUACAAUUUUUGAACUCUUAAACAAAAUUGAGCUGUAUUAUUCACCACAUACUGAAUAAUCUAUGUGAAGGAAUGUUUUUCUAUUAAAUUGAGCAUGCUUUUUGUAA